GACCUAACAUCAUCAAUAUGUUUAGCACAUGGUCACCGCCUAAGACAGCACCUCCCCCAGCGAAGAGGACGAAAAUAAUUCACAACGCGACGACAGCGACGAAUGUUACGAAGCCAGGAGCGCUCAAGCGCAUGUUCGAGAGCGGCGAUUGGUCCGACCUAACCAUUAAGACCAAGGACUCGGGCAAGACAUUCGCGGUGCACAAGACCGUCCUCUGUCCUGCGUGGGAGUUUGCACGCGCUGCUUGCACCAGCGGCUUUAUCGAGUCGAAGACGAACGUAAUCGAAUUGCCGGAGGAUGAGCGCGUCAUUACAGCUAUACUCCGCUAUUACUACGAACUGCCAUUCGAGGUUUCAAAAUCAGAAACACUGAGCAUUCUGGUCAAACUCCGAGUCGCCAUCGAUAAGUACGGUAUCGACGGCCUCAUCCGAAACGUCGAGCACGCCUUCAAAGCGCGUCUAGAAGCUGAAACCUACCCAAAUCUUGUUGUUAUAGGCGCAACAGUCUUUGCGGAGGCUGGAGAUUGCAUGAUUCCGAUGCAAAAUGCCAUUGCGGCGGCCACUAGAGGCAAAAUGAGCGAAAUUGUGCGAGACAUGAACGUCUGGUCGCAGAUGCAGGAGUCUCCAGAGUUUCUGCGAAGGACUCUGCUUGAGAUUCUUCCGCCGCCUCCUGUCGUCUUGUCGGAUUCCAGCUCCGACACCGACUCCAGCGAUGAGUAGGUAGAGAAGGGCUGGAGAUGGACGCGAGAUGCUAGCUCGAACUAUGAAACCAUGCGAAUUCUCGGGUUCCUCUCAGCAACACGCAGCGGUCCUGGUGCCAAUGAAACCUUCAAUGGCUUAUAAAUUCGCAACUGCGACGCGACCAACCCUAAAGCUCGCGAAUAUCUUUGGUCAUUGCUCAAAGCCAACUACUUUGACCAAGACAUCAAGAAUUUCUGGAUCGACCAAGCAGAUGGCGGCAACUUAGGCGAAGCAUACAGUAAUAAUGGCAUGUCAGAUUGCUCGUCAUAAAGCAAUGAGGAGCUGGGAUUUGGGGAUAAGAGAGCUAGCAUGUGUGCUCAAUGCAUGUAUGUAGUGCGUUGGGGCCAGCCGAGCCAAACUCUGAAUAGCGACUCGUGUCAGGAAGGCUGUGAGUGCAAGUAAGGUAGCUGGAAGCUUGCAGCUUGCGAGAUGAUUGUGGCUUCCUUCCUGAGUGGCACUGAUGUGAGCGGUCCUUCCCCCCGAAGCUGACCUGAGCUCAGAGGGAGGCAGGCAGUCAUCACAUGCAGAGGAAGUCGCGCUCACCAUGGCAAUAAACUUGAAUUGCUUUGG